GACCAGAGCUAAGUUUAACACAGGUCAGAGAGUGAGACACAAGUGGGAACAGGGGACUAACUGGGACGCUUUGCCUUCCUGUUCUGUGGACUGUCCAAAGCUACUGAUUUUUUAGAGAAUUGGUAUGCCGAGUUGGUUUUCUCUGUAGUGACGGAUCCAGUGGGGAAAAACUAAACAUGAAUAUUCAAAACUGUGCCAGGUGUGGGUUUGUGGUGUACCCAGCUGAGAAGAUCAAUCUCAUUAGUCAGAACUGGCACAAAGCAUGCUUCCACUGUGAGGUCUGUAAGAUGGUUCUAACUGCCAAUAAUUUUGUAAGCCAUCAGAAGAGACCGUAUUGUCAAGUACAUAAUCCACGGAACAACACCUUCACCAGCGUCUAUGAAACUCCGGUCAACAUCAAUGCUAAGAAGCAGGCAGAGGCUGUCAGUGAGAUUAAAUACAGAGAAGAGGGUGAGCGUUUCAUGUCCACGUUCCACUAUGACAUGAGAUCAAAGGAACUUGAGCAGGCCCGCAAGGCCAGCCAAAUGACCAACCAGGCUUACCAGUCUUCAGGGUUUUCAGAGCAGCAGACAUGGUACUCAGGCAGUGUAACCAGUCAGGAGAUAGUUCGCAUGAGUCAAGCACAGAAGACCAUCAGCGAUGUGGAGUACAAACGGGGCCAUGAUGAACGAGUUACACAGUUCACCUCUGUGACUGACACACCUGGAAUCCUGCACGCUAAGAGUGGCACCUCACUGGCUAGUGAUGUGAAGUACACAGAGGUUUAUGAGCAGUCCAAAGGAAAAGGCAGCUUCCCUGCUAUGCUAACUCCUGGAUAUGAAGUGGCCAAGAAAGCAAAUACUCUUGCUAGCAAUGUGGAGUAUAAGAAGGGGCAUGAGGAGAGAGUGUCAAAGUACACCACUGUGACAGAUUCCCCUGAAGUGCUCCUGGCUAAAAGCCAAGGGAGGAUUGCAAGCGACUUUGUCUACACUGAAGAUUAUGAACAGCAGCGAGGUAAAGGAAGCUUCCCUGCCCACGUCACUCCUGGAUACCAAACAGUCAAGAAAGCAAAUGAAAUGGCCAGCAAAGUGAAGUACCAGCAGAAGUAUGAGCAGGAGAUGAAGGGUAAAGCGAGUACAGAUGCUGGAGCUGCUGAGUUUGCGCUUGCCAAAGAAAAUGCUGAGAAAUUCAGCCAGCAUGCCUAUACUGAGGAAUAUGAGCAGCAGAGAGGCAAAGGAAGCUUUCCUGCUAUGAUCACUCCUGGAUACCAGAUAGCCAAGAAAGCCAAUGACAUUGCCAGCGAUCUGAAAUAUAAGAAGGACCUGAACAAGAUGAAGGGCUCCUCUGCCUAUCACAGCCUGACAACUGAUGACAACCUGACUCUGAAGAACGCCUGCAAGAUCAAUAAGCUUGUCAGCGAGGUUGAAUACAAGAAGGACCUUGAGAACACAAAAGGACACAGCAUCAACUACUGCGAAACACCCCAGUUUAAAAAUGUGUCCAAGAUCGCCCAGUUCACCAGUGAUAAUAAAUAUAAGGAGAAGUAUACCAGUCACAUGAAGGGUCAUUAUGAGGGGACUGGAGUGGACAAGAAAACUGCACAUGCCAUGAAAGUCAGAAAGCUGGCCAGUAACAUUGCAUAUAAGUCAGACUAUGAGCAGGAAAAGACAGAGCAGGGGGAGUACAACUACCCAGCUGACAUCACCCCAUCUUACCAGACCCAGAAGAAACUGGAGCCUCUGAAAGAUAAAAAUUACAGACAGCACAUUGACAAGCUGAAGUACAGCCAGGUGACAGACACUCCAGAUAUCAUUCAAGCUCGAAUCAAUGCUCAGCAACUGAGCAAUGUGAACUACAAAGCCGAUUAUGAGAAAACUAAGACCCAGUACACCAUAGCUCAAGACACGCCUCAGCUCCAGAAGGCCAAAGCCAAUGCUGAGCUUAUCAGUGAUAUUAAGUAUAAAGAGGAAUGGGAGAAAAAUAAGUCUAAAGUACAUGAUGUUGGUGCGGACACACUGACCUUAAAAGCUGCCAAAGCCUCUAGAGAUCUGGCCAGCGAUAUCAAAUAUAAGGAAUUGUUUGUAAAGAACAAGGACAAAGCAGUGGGUGUGAAUGUGAGUGACUCCAAAACCCUCCAUUGUCUCCAAGUGGGGAAGCUGAACAGUGAGAUUGCCUAUAAGAAGAAUUCAAAGGAGACUCAGGCUAAGUAUAACCUGACGAAAGACAUGGUGAAUCUAAGCCAUGCGAAGAAGGCCCAGGCCCUGGCCAGUGAUCUGGACUACAGGAAGAAGCUCCACGAGUACACCAUCCUGCCUGAUGACAUCAAAGUUCAGCAGGCUAAGAAGGCCUACAACCUCCAGAGUGAUAACCAGUACCGAUCUGACCUGGUCUGGAUGAAGGGAGUGGGCUGGGAGGCUGAAGGCUGCCUGGAUGUUGAACAGGCCAAGAAGGCUGGAGAGCUUCUGAGCGAUAAAAAGUAUCGGCAGAAGGUGGACAGUGUAAAAUUCACCCAGGUGGCCGACACCCCAUCCAUACAACAUGCCAAGAAGAGCCAGGAACUACAGAGUGAUCUGACAUACAAGGCAGGUACAGAGCAGAUCAUUCAUCAGUACACUGUGAGCAAAGACGAGCCUCUCUACAAGCAGGCCAAAGCUAACGCGGAGCUUCUCAGCAAUAAAUCAUAUAAGAGUAACUGGGAAGCCCAGAGGGAGAAGGGCUUUGAGCUGAGUAUGGAUGCACUGUCUAUCCUCACUGCCAAAGCUAAGAGGGAUCUUGCCAGUGAUGUGAAGUAUAAGCAGCAGUAUGAGAUGACAAAGGGGAAGAUGAUAGGGGUGAAGAAUGUAACAGAUGAUUCUCACUUGGCCCACUCAGCUCUGGCCACUAAGCUCCAGAGUGAUCGCAACUAUAAGAAAGAGUACGAGGAUACUAAGACCAAGCACAGUGCCUCGCUUGAUAUGAUGACCAUCAGCCAUGCUAAAAAGGCCCAAGACCUGGCCACAGAGACCAACUACAGAACCAUCCUGCACGAGUACACCACCCUGCCCAGUGAUAUGAAGGUGGCAUGGGCCAAGAAAGCCUACGGCCAACAAAGUGAUAAAAAGUACCGCUCAGAUCUGAACUGGAUGAAAGGUGUGGGCUGGGAGACCACUGGAUCUCUCGAUGUGAAGCAGGCUAGGAAAGCUAGUGAUCUCGCCAGUGAGAAAAAGUACCGCCAGCAUGUUAGUGCUCUGAAGUUCACCAGCGUGGAGGACACGCCAGAGAUGGUGCAGGCCAAACUCAGCAAUAAGCUGGCACUAGACAGGCUGUACAGAGAGAAAGGAGAGACUGAGAAGCACAAGUACACAAUGACAGGAGAUCUGCCAGAGCACGUGCAGGCCAAGAUGAACGCUAUGAACAUCAGUGAGUCACGAUACAAAGAGUCAUGGAUGAAGCUCAGAGAUGGGGGCUACAAGCUGCGCUUGGAUGCUAUUCCAUUCCAGGCUGCCAAAUCCUCAGGGGAGGUGCUCAGUGAUCAAAAGUACAAAGAGGAGUUUCUGAAGAUGAAGGGUAAGAUGAUCGGGCUGAAAGCACUCCAGGAUGACAUCAACAUCGCCCACUCUGUGCAUGCCAGCCAUCUACAGAGUGAUAUCAAAUAUAAGAAGGAUUCUACUAAGGUGCACUCUCAGUUCCACCUACCGAUGGACAUGCUGGAAGUAGCCCAUGCUAAGAAGGCCCAGGCUCUGGUCAGCGAUCAGGACUAUAGAAUGACCCUACACAACUACACUACACUGCCUGAUGACCUAAAUGUGCAGGCUGCUAAGAGAGCUUAUUCUCUGCAGAGCGAGAAAGCCUACCGUUCUGAUCUGAAUUACCUGCGUGGUGCGGCCUGGAUCGCCACCGGCGCCUUACAAAUCGAAGGCUCCAAACAUGCAACACAGCUGAUCAGCGAUAAAAAGUAUAGACAGCAGCCGUACACAUUUAAGCACACAUCAGUUACGGACUCUCCUGACAUAGUUCACGCCAAGCUCAGCAACAAGCUCACCAACGAGCGUCUAUACAAAGAAAAGGGUGAGAACUUCAGGCAUAACUACACAAUCACAGCUGAGCGACCAGAAAUCACCCAGGCCAAGAUCAACGCUGCUAAUUACAGUGAUACCAAGUACAAAGAGUCAUGGCACACGCUGAGAGCACAAGGCUAUAAACUGACCAUGCAAGACAUCCCCUUCCAAGCAGCCAAAGCAUCUACCGACAUUGCCAGUGAUUACCAGUACAAGCACAACCACGUCCUGGAAAAAGGCAAGCACAUCGGAGCACGGAGCAUCAUGGAUGACUCUCACCUCCUGCACUGCAUGCAGACGGCACAUCUGCAGAGUGAUAAGAAUUACCGUAAAGAUGCUAUUGCCACCAGCGGCCAGUUUCACCUGGGAAUGGACCUGGUUAACCUGGUCCACGCUAAGAAAGCCCAGUCUCUGGCCAGUGAUCAGGACUACAAGACCCGCCUGCAUUCCUACACUGUCCUGCCUGAUGACAUAAAGGUGCAGUGGGCCAAGAAGGCCUAUGAGCUGCAGAGUCAGAAUGCGUACAAGUCUGAUUUGAACUUCAUGAAGGGAGUGGCAUGGGAUUCAGUAGGAGCUCCUCAGCUGGAGUCUGCAAAGAAAGCAGGAGAGCUCAUCAGCGAUAAGAAGUAUCGUCAGCUUCCUGACAGGCUGAAGUUUACCCAGGUUGCAGACUCACCUGAUAUCAUUCAUGCUAAGAACAGCUACAUGCAGUGUAGUGAGAGGCUGUAUAAGUCUGGAGAUUCUGACUCCAUGCAUAAGUACACCUUACAUGCUGAUCACCCCGACUUUAUCAGAGCAAAGAUGAACGCUCAGCAGAUCAGUGAUAAAGUCUACAAGGCAUCAGGAGAUCAGGUGAAGACUGCAGGAUAUGACUUGAGGCUAGAUGCCAUUCCCUUCCAGACAGCCAAGGCCUCUAGAGAAAUCGCAAGUGAUUUCCGCUAUAAGGAAGCCUUUGUGAAGCAGAAGGGUCAGCAGGUGGGUCUGCUCAGUGUAGAGGACGACCCCAAGAUGAGGCACUCGCUGGCAGUAGGCAAACUGCAGAGCAACAACGAGUACAAGAAGCAGUUCCAGGAGACCCGCUCCCAGUAUAAGAUCCACGCAGACCAGCCUGAAUUCCUGCAAGCAAGGAAGAGCCAGGCUCAGGCCAGUGACCUCAGCUACCGCCAACGCCUCCACAACUACACAUGUGACACAGAACAGCUCAACUUUAAACACGCCAAAGAGGCCUACAAGCUGCAGAGUGAUGUGAAAUAUAAGUCAGACCUGAACUGGAUAAAGGGAGUUGGCUGGACUCCUCCGGGCUCUCAUAAGGUAGAGAUGGCUCGGAGGGCAGCAGAACUUGGCCUGGCUGAUGGAGCGGACACUGAUGAAGCUAUUGCGAAGUACCAGCAACUAAUGAUGUUCCAGCGCGAGCAGCAGAUGCUAGAGCAGCAGCAGCAGCAGCAGCAGGACUUCUCGGAUCAGGUGGAAACUGAAGAACAUGUCGAACAGUCUGUGGUCAAUCCAGAUGCCAUGGAGAUCCUCCAUGUGAAGAGAAAGAAGACCAUCCACACUACUUUCAAACAAGCAAAGACUAUGACAUCGCAGUCUGUAACAUCUCACUCUUCUACAAAGCAGUCCACCGAGAGCCAGCACAGGUCCAUUACAGAGAAAUCCACUGAAAACAAGUCCAUAACGAUGUAAGCCCAAAUUAUUACAUAUUUAAAUUAUUACAUAUUUAAAUUAUUACAUAUUUAAGGAUGUGAUGUGGAGCCUGGUGUUCCUUGCCAGUAGAUCAUAGCAAGAUUGAUGUAGGUUAUAUGAAACCAAAUAAAUGAACAGAGUAUGUAAGUAACAGAAGGGUGAGGAUAAGAUGAGUGCAGAAUGGAAAUGUGUAUGUGUCUAAUGGUCAUAUAAGGUAGGGGUUGCACAGGUAGUAAUUUUUAGUUGUAUUUGAAUAGUUAUUCAAAAAAAGGAGUGAACUAGUCGUAACUCCCAUAGCAAAUCCUGAUUCAAAAAUAAAUGUGUUGUGUUGCAAUUUUUUUUUUUUUUUCUUUCCCAUUAGCAUGGUUUAAUACUGAUGGACAACAGCAAUGAAUGCAUCAAAUCUUAAUUCACAUUCUAGCUAAAUACAGCUCCAAAUUAAAUUGUUAAAAAAAAAAAAACAUAUGCAAAGAAAUACAGCUGCACAGGUCCUUACUUUACACCUCGUCUCUCACAGUGGAUAUUUAAACAGUGAUAUGAAUGUUGUAUUGUUCUGUUAAAUUAUCUUCCUUAAGCAGUCAGUAACUAUAUUUUACUCACUUUCAAGAAUCCUCACAGCUCCAUAGCGCAAUAUGCUCAUUGCUCUGUAGUGAGUGAGACACUAUGACCUCUUAUCUCUGUGGAAAUACUGGCUUUUAGAGGCAGUAUUUUUUUUUACUGCAGUUAGUAGUUUUUUGUAAUUUGGCUCAAAAAAGUGCAUUGCUGCUGUUUUUUUUUUCUCCUUCUGACUUAUCGACAGCUCCACGCCGCAGCCACUAGUGGAUGUCCUGGUAGACUAGUCGAUUAGUCUGUGCAACCCCUAAUAUAAGAAGAAUAUUAAUGAAGGAAAUAUUUUGGAAAGAAGAAUAUUUUAGAAAGUGUAUCGUGCAGGUGCAGAAAUUGUGGACUUUUCAUGGUUUAUUGUUCCUAUAGUGAAGACAUAAGUGCCUUUCUUGUUUUUUUUCCUAUUAAUUAAUCUUGUUUCUUCAUUAAAGGGAAAAAAAACAUAUUUUAAAUAGUGAUGAAACUUUAUUUAACAUUGCCAUUCUGUAGAAAGAAAAAAUAAACAAAUGACUGCUGUGAAAAGUCACAGGUGGACGAAUAACUGUUUAGACUGCCAACGGCAGAAUUGUUAUAUUUCAGAUAUAUUUGAUAUACUGUAUGCCUGACAGGUUCAGCUUUGUGAAUUAAGAGUUCCUGCUUGAUGUAUGAUUUAUGAUCAUGAAAUCUAGAAAUAAAGGUUUUGUAGAAGCUGCACAGCAA